AUGUCUUUGGAAAUCACGCGUCGGUGGACGUCGCUGUUCAGUACCUCGAUAGGAGUCGACUUGAGACAGGCUGUAAGAGACGGUGAAGGCUUCGAUCCAUGUGAAGAAGGGUUGCGGUCCGUUUCUUGGAAGGCUUUCCUCCUCUACGGACCAUUGAGCCAGGGUUCGUGGUCCAGAAAGUUGGCCGAGUCUCGGUACGCCUACGCCUCUCUACGGGAUCACUUUUUACGCUUUAUAGAACACCCCAAUGACCUUCACUCGUCUGCAGACCCCCUGGCGGACGAUGAAAAUUCUCCCUGGGCAAGUCUACGGCAAGACGAGAUAAGCCGGGAGGAGAUAUUCCAGGAUGUAAGACGAUGCAUGCAGGACAAUUACUUCUUCCGCGAACCUGCUACUCAGAAGAAACUGCUGGACAUCCUCUUUAUUUACGCGAAACUAAACCCGGAUAUUGGAUACCGACAAGGCAUGCAUGAACUGUUGGCGCCCAUUGUGUGGGUCGUUCAACAAGAUGCGGUGGAUCUAAUGUCUGUCCCAGAGGCUGUUAAAAAGGCUGAAGGCGUUGAUUUCAUGACAGAGGUGCUGGACGACAAAUUCGUUGAGCAUGAUUCAUUCAACCUCUUCUGUGCCUUGAUGCAGACAGCGAAAGCCUUCUACGAAGUUGGCGAGAACCGUGACUCCUCCCCUAUCGUUGCAAGAAGCAAAAGAAUCCACGACGACAUUCUCAAUGCCGUCGAUCCGGAACUAGCCCUCCACUUACAUGUACUCGGCAUUCUUCCCCAGAUCUAUUCUAUCCGUUGGAUUCGGCUGCUGUUCGGGCGGGAGUUCGAGUUCAAAGAUGUCCUCAGGAUAUGGGAUGUUCUCUUUGCCGAGAAUUUAAGGUCAGAUAUCGUCGAUUUGACUUGUGUCGCAAUGCUGUUGAGAUCUCGCUGGUCGUUGAUCGAAUCAGACUACACCGCCGCCAUCACUGCACUCACUCACUACACUCUCCCUAGCUCCGCUGGGGACCCCCGGUCCUUAGUCAGGGACGCUGUCUUCUUGGACAAGAACCGGGACCGCGAGGCUGGAGCAAUAGUCAUCCAGCGAUACUCUGGCAGACGGCCGAAGCGGACCGAAGCUCCAAGUAGACGCAGCCCAUCUGCCAUCAGAGCAACCCGAACCCCUCAGCAUCGACAAUCACCCAAUGCGUCUCCAGGGCGGUUCGAUUCCCCACAAAGACAGCUCGAAGGACUGUUUCGAGAAGUCACAGGCAAUCUUCACAAGCGAACCGAAGGUUGGGAUGUCUCGAAAGCCGUUAGAAGCGCGGUUGGCGAGGUCCGGCGAAAUAUGAAUCACUAUCAAUCAUCACAUGCCAGGCAUUCCAGUCUUGAUGCACCUCAGUUGGUCGUUCCCGAGCGGACAGGUCCAGAAGCUGAAGCUGAGGUGUUGUCACAGAAUUUAAAACAGAAAGCAGAAUUAUUACAGGAAAGGAAUGUGGUGCUCGCCCAAAUGCUAGAUGAUGCAUUGGAAUCGUUGAGGGCGAUUAAGCUGACGACUCCGGAAGCAGCUGGAGAGGCAGAACAGGACCUAAACAUUUGCCUGGCCAAGAUCCAAUUCGUCUCGGUUUAUCUGUCCAAUCCAGAAAUCCCUAUUCCAAAGGAACAAGCAUCCCAGGAUUCAAACAAGCCAAUCAAAACGACCAACCCGACUGCGCAAGAUUCAAGGAAAGAAGUUCGAGGCGGACACGUCUCGGAAAAAGAGGACGACAAGAAACCAGAAUCACGAACCCCUGAGUCGGCUAAAAAUGCCACAGACGGAAAUGGAGGUGGUGUAGCAGCAAACAAGGCGUUGCCACGGCCGUCACUGAUGGACUCAUCAUUUUCGUUUAUGCUUGGGGAGAACCGACACCGGUCUAGCUUCGUCAGUUCUGUUGCGGACCUACCAGAACGUAAAAGGGAAAGCGAGUCCGGUACCAGACUCAAGAACAAGGCAGUUGAAACCAAGAUGCAGCAGGAGCGCAGAGACUCGGGGAGGGAGGAUGACGGCUUUUCCUUGACUAAGAUUCGAGGAGGACAAGGCUGA